AUGCCACAGUGGACUGCAACACAAAAGAGGUCCAGAUUUGAUCGAGAGCAGAUGCCAAGCAAAAUGGAUCAGAGGAUGAUCAUCUCGUGCUCGGUCGUUGGUUCCCUUGGGGUGCUGAGUGCCAUCCUGGGGUUCUCAGCCGAGGGCACGAAGCUCACUAUUUCGGACUUGUACCCCGUUGGAGGGGUGUGCGUGUACCCAGAUAACCCCGCGCUCGGGCUCGGGGUGUGCGCGGCGAUCUUCCUGGUCGUAGCCCAGAUCGUCUUGGCGGUUGUUGGCGGCUGCUGCGGCUUGUGCAAGUCCCGCGCCAUCCCCUCCGAGACCAACCGGAUCAUUGCCGUCGUCUGCGCCGUCUUCUCAUGGAUCAUGGCGAUAAUCGCGUUCGCGCUGCUGGUGUCCGGCACGGCGUGGAACGCUACCGGGACGCGGAGCCCGUCAGCGAUCGGGCUGUGCUAUGUUCUCAAAGACGGCAUCUUCGCCGGUGGCGCCGUGCUCACGCUGGUCGCCACGGCCCUCGGGGUCACCUCCUACGUCAUGCUCCGCAGGCAGCCGAUGACUGCCACCACCGCCGCGCCCAAGGAAGGCGAGCAGGCGGGCGCCGCCGGGACCACCAUGGGGCAGCCGCAGUUCCCGCAGCAGCCUCCCCAGGGGCACGGGUACGGCCAAGCGCCGAACGACCCUCACUUUUCCCCUCCCCCAGCACAAGGAUAUGGAGCGCACGCACCCAACCAGCAGCAGCAGCAGCAGCAGCUACCCCCUCCUCCUGCACGAGGCUACGGGCAGUACCCUCCUCCUAAAGGACACGAACAGGUGUAACGCGCUCCGUGAUUUUUAUCCUUUUUUGUGAAUGUAACGUGUGUAUUAAUUGUUGCUGUUCGAGCAACCGGAGCUGAGAACGAGGGCGGAGGGACAAGUAUUUUGUGCUGCCAACAACUGAGCAGCUUUUGUGUUUCUGAUCCUUUUAUUCAGCCAUCGUAACAAACGUGCAGAGAGACUUGCUCUGGCUCCCA